ACCAGUGAAACCCCACAGAAAACAAGAAACCCCCCCACUUCGUCACAGGGGGGCUCAGCUGUCGCGGUCCGUACCGCCCCGUAUGUGCCCCCAGGUGCUGCAGGGCCUGGAUUACCUCCACACCAAGUGCAAGAUCAUCCACACGGACAUCAAGCCGGAGAACGUGCUGGUGUGCGUGGGCGAAGGCUACGUCCGGCGCCUGGCGGCCGAGGCCACCCGCUGGCAGCAGCUGGGGGGGCCGCCCCCCUCCGCCUCCGCCGUGAGCUCGGCCCCCCAGGGGAUGGAGAUGUCCAGGAACCGGCGCAGGAAGCUGAAGCGGAAGCAGAAACGCCAGGGCCGGCUGCUGGCCGAGCGGCUGCGGGACCUGCGGCGGCUGGAGGAGCUGGAAACGGGGGCCCCCCCCCUGCCUGGGGCCGACUCCGACACAGAGGAGG